AUGUUAAAAUGUGACGAGAACUGGGAAUUGGAAGAGAAAUCACUAUCAUUUGUAUUCUCAAGGUUAAUAAGAAGUAAGUUUUGCGAAUGGGUAGUACUAUUUCCAGAAGUAAAUAUCUGGUCUUCAACAGGAUCAGCAUUACAAAAACAAAUUAGUGAAAAGUACUACUUGCCCAAGUUCAGCCAUUUGCUAUAUCCCAGAUAUUCUGCUUUUUACAAUAUUAUUACUGCAUUACAACAGUUUGAGUCACAUCCUUAUUUGAAUUUGUAUGAUGUCACUAUUGUAUAUUACCGUCAGACAGAUACCAACAGUGGUACAAAAAACUAUAUCCCACCAAAGUUGUUAGAUAUAUUUGCAAGUUCAGAACCAAUUACAGUUGUAAUUUAUGUCAAAAUUCGACCAGUAUCAAGAAUACCAGCACAAAGGAAAAAAUUAGAAAAAUAUCUAGAGCAUUUAUGGCAACAUAAAGAGAAAAUAAUCACAGAAUUAAAAUCCGAAGUCCCUGAUAAUCAACAACAACUUCGAGUUCGUGAUAACUUUUCCCUGAAACAGGCAAAAUUAAAUAAUUAG